AUUUCUCCAAACAAGAGAUCAAUUCUAUUUGAAUCUCUGUUGACAAUGGAGGAACUUAUUGCAAAAAUAUGGUCAUUUAUCGGCCUUUUCACUCUCCUGCAAAACAUUCUUCCCCCACACCUGCACAAAAUCUUGAUGGAUUGGUUAUUCUCUGUGAAAGAUUAUUUCAGCCCUCCCCAUUACCAUCUGGAAAUUCCAGAAUUCAAGGACAGUCAUGGAGUCAACGCCAACGAUCUCUAUGACGCGGUUGAGCGCUAUCUCGACGAUGUGGAAGGCAUUACCCGUACUCGACGACUGAGUGUGUUUCGUGCCAGGAAUUCCAGCAAUUUGGGCUUCUGCCCUGCGUUUGAUGAGGUAGUGGAGGACAGCUUCAGGGGAGUCAGGCUAUGGUGGACUCACAGUGCCCAAACUGAGGAGCGCAAUGGAGGAGGAGGAGGAGACCGCAAUGCAGUGAAUGAAAGGCGGAGAUUUACUCUCAAAGCAGAGAACCAAGACAAAGACUUCAUCUGCGCUUACUUCGAUCACAUUACAAAUCGCGCAGCAGAGCUCAAUACGCUCAACAAAGAUCUCACUUUGUAUACCAAUGCAGGGGAUGCUCGUUGGGGGGAAGGAUGGACUGGAGUCCCCUUCAAACAUCCCUCGACCUUUGCCUCUCUGGCUCUCGAUCCCCUGCUCAAGUCCAGAAUUCUCAGAGAUCUCGACCGAUUUAAAAAGGGAAGAGAGUUUUACAGACGGAUUGGGCGUUCCUGGAAGCGCGGGUAUCUUCUUCACGGGCCUCCUGGAACAGGGAAAUCGAGCCUCAUUGCUGCCAUUGCUAAUUACAUGAGAUAUGAUGUUUAUGAUAUGGAGCUCACACAAGUGAGUGAUAACACGGAGCUUCGUGCGCUUCUCACCCAAACGAGAGAGAAAUCUGUGAUUAUUAUUGAGGACAUUGACUGCUCGCUCAAUCUGGGUGAGAGGGUUUCGAAUCCUCCACCAGGCGAUCAAGAAGAGCAAAAGAGGAGCGGCAUUACGUUGUCCGGUUUGCUCAAUUUCACGGAUGGGUUGUGGUCCUGCUGCGGCGAGGAGCGCAUAAUUUUGUUUACAACGAAUCACAAGGAAAUGCUUGAUCCUGCCCUGCUCAGAAGUGGGCGGAUGGACAUGCACAUUUUGCUUUCCUUUUGCACUUUCGAGGCAUUUAAAUCUCUCGCUUUUAAUUAUUUGCAGGUUGAGGACCAUCCUCUGUUUGCAGCAGUGAAGGAGAAGAUGAAUUCUGGGGCGGAAAUGACUAGUGCAGAAAUUAUAGAGGUUUUGAUAAAUAAAGUGGAGGAGCCCUCUGAAGCGCUGAAUGAUGUGAUUUGUGGUCUGGAUGCCAAGAUUAAGGUGAAAGAGGAAACGCUUACGGUUCCACCCACAUCUCGCCAAGAUGUGGAAGAAGAGGCCCAAAACUCGAAAUCAAGAAAGUGUUGUCGGAAGGGAUGUUCAAGGAAAAGGCGAGGAAAAUGCAGAGGGUGCAGGCGCAUUGAGUCUCACGUUUUCGACUGAGAUAAAUAUGUGCGUGUGUUUCACUUCCUUCUUGUUUGCUGUAACCAAUGAUGUGAUACCCCCCAAAUGGCGACAAUAAAUUAGUGGGGUUUACUCUGUUCUUUUUGGAGUGCGUCUUAGACAUUCGUGCGGCUCUUUUUGCACCACUUCAAAUAUUGGGUUAGGCAUUGUGGCUCUUUUUACACUUGAUACUCAUGAUAUCCUAUCAAUGUUGCUCUUUGUCACUUAGUGGUUUUAUUUCUUUCUACUAGUGUGUAGCUUUUGUCUUUUA